AUUUUAUUGCCACCUCCAUACCUUCCCUUCUUUCUUCUUCUUCUUCUUCAUUUUACUUUUCUUUUUUUCUUAAUCUAUAUACAUGUAUAUAUAUAAUUACAUUUGUUUUCUGGGUAUUUAUUAGGAAAAAGACAAAGUGAGUUAAGGUUGUUGUAGACUUGCAGUUUGUUUGAUCACAUGGCUUGGAAGAAUGGUUUCAGAGAGCUAAGGCCUCUGCUUCAUUUGCUAUUUCCACUCUGCAUACAUUGGAUUGCUGAGGAAAUGACCGUCUCUGUCCUUGUUGAUGUUACUACCCGCGCUCUUUGCCCUGGCAACUCUACUUGUUCCCAAGUUAUUUAUAUUAAUGGCAUUCAACAAACGAUUGUUGGAGUUUUCAAGAUGGUGGCCCUUCCACUUCUUGGUCAGCUUGCUGAUGAGCAUGGGCGUAAACCGCUGCUCCUUUUCACCAUGACCGUAUGCAUAUUCCCUUUUGCAUUGCUUGCCUGGAAUCCCUCUAAGGAACUCGUGUACGCUUACUAUGUGCUUCGAACGAUUACAAAUAUUUUAACUCGAGGGAGUAUUUUCUGCAUUGCUGUUGCUUAUACAGCAGAUGUUGUCAGUGAAAGCAAGAGGGCUGCACUAUUUAGUUGGAUCACAGGUCUCUUUUCUGCAUCACAUGUUUUAGGAAACGUGCUUGCUCGUUUCCUUCCGGAGAAAUAUAUUUUCAUGAUUGCUAUUGCUCUCUUGAGCCUUUGUCCAAUUUACAUGCAACUGUUCCUAAGUGAGACAGUUGAACAAUUUCCUAUUAGCAACAAAGACCCAUCUUGUCUGACCAAGACACUUAAUGUCGUACAUAAACGGUACGAAUCAAUGAGAGAUGCUGCAACAUUAGUUAUUAGCAGUCCAACUCUUAGGAGUAUAGCUCUGGUUUCCUUCUUCUAUGAGAUGGGAAUGUCCGGCAUCAGCGGUGUUUUACUGUACUAUCUAAAAGCUGCAUUUGGCUUUGAUAAAAAUCAAUUCUCCGAAAUACUGAUGUUGGUUGGAAUAGGUUCUAUUAUUUCUCAGAUGCUGGUGCUUCCACUACUUAAUCCUUUGGUUGGAGAGAAAGUAAUAUUGUGCAUAUCCUUACUUGCAUCAGUAGCUUAUGCAUUGUUCUACGGUUUGGCUUGGGCAGCUUGGGUGCCAUACUUGAGUGCCUCGUUUGGUGUCAUUUAUGUUCUUGUGAAACCUUCGACUUUUGCAAUCAUUUCAAAAGCAUCAAGCUCAACUAAUCAGGGUAAAGCACAAGGAUUCAUAGCUGGGGUGCAAUCGAUAGGAAGUCUACUAUCACCACUUGUAAUGAGUCCAUUGACUUCACUGUUCCUGUCUAGCGAUGCCCCUUUCAACUGCAAAGGUUUUUCCAUAAUAUGUGCAUCCUUAUGCAUGGUAAUAUCUUUUUAUUUCGCUUGCAUGAUCAAAUCUGACAAUUGCUUGAUCAAAGAUUCAGAAAAUGAAAUCGAAGCACCGCUUCUGAAUGAGGAUUAAAUAUGUAUAUGUAUGUCCUCAGUAUAGUUUUUAAGUAGUGUUGCCAAUGCAAGAGGGAUGCUGUGUAAAUAUUCUGCAUUCCUCAAGUUUUGUAAGGAUGUAAUUUGUAAUAAACUUUAUAAUCAUUCAAUUUUUUGCUCAGGAAAAUUUUGUUA